CUCCGAAUACCAAACCACCAACAGCGGCUUUUAUUAGCCUUCAGUCCGCUUUUUGAUUCUUAGUUCCCAAUCACAUUCUCCCAAACCGAUCGUACGCGAAUCAGUCAUCAUGAAUGUCCUUGACAUGAACCAGGAUAUCAAAAGCACUCAUAUUGAAAACUGGGCCAAGUAUUUAGCCACUCACUCUGGUGCCAAAUCGAACAAGCGUCAAAAAGAUUUAUCCAGUGAAGAAAUAUGCCUAAUGUUCUGUGGUUGUCGAAUAUUUGGCCAAGAAAAAGAUAUUAGGAAUUGGAUUGUGACUCAGCAAGUCGAGCAGAAACAUGUCUUUCGCUGUGCGAUCAUUGACGAAGAGGAUCUCUGUGAAUCUGGAGGAGGAAAACAACACCAUGCCACCCAUCAUACCAGAAACCAAUACAAGAAUCUUUCAUCUACCACUUCUGAAUCUCCUUCAGAAGACCAGACUGAAGGGUAUGUAAAAAAGAUGCUCGCGGUUGCCUUCGGAGUUUUGGUGCUUGGAGCAGCUGGAUACUACGCAGGCUAUACUCAAGAAGACAUUUAUUCGGCUGCAUCCACCUCAUACAGCCUUAUCAUCGGCUCUGGCUCCAUUUUCAUGAAGGACCUGGUAUCUAGUAUUUGGUCCAGGAUGUUUCGUGAAGCCAACUCGAACUCGUCAGAUCCAGACCUAGCAGCUUCUAACAUUGCCAGUAUUCCUAUCCCAAAUACCAACGUAAUCAACACAACCGCCAAAUUAGUCGAUGACUACCAGCCCAAUAGAACAGUAUCUUUGGCGGACCAUUUAGCCAGCACUAUUACCAUUGUAAGUAGUCCUCUAGCCACCAUAGGUGGAAACGCUACUACGACUAGUAUUGCUCCUCUUAGUUCAACUCCAGAGCAAGUUGCCAUCUUCAUGAAUCAAGCAUUCAAUACGAGAGAAUAAAAGUGUCUCCCCUUUGUUGUAUGGCUAUUUGUAAGCGCUGGACGAGUAUUAAUUGUGUGGA